GCGCGCCGCAGUCGCAAGGGGGAGAAGAUCCAGGAGGCCGAGAAGACCUUGCUCAAGCUCGACCCCACCUACGCGAAGCGCAAGGGGGGGGCCAUCGUGAAGGCCAUCGACGGGAAGUUCAACGAGUUCAUCGCUGGUCAGCGGGCUCUCGUGGGUGACCAGGGCCCGUCGUCACCGGGGCCCUCGGCAGAGACUGAAGGCGCCCGCCGGCGCUUGACGGGCAAGGGUCGUGACUCGACCACAUCGGGAGAGUCGCCCCAGGAGAAGCGCAUCCUCACCAGCCUUCAGAGAAGGCUUGCAGCGGCGGAGUUGGGCCACUACGUCCAGCUCACCACGGGCGCGCUCGAGGAGUUCCAGACGGCGUGCGAGGAGCGCUGGGCCAAUCGUGCGUUCCUCAAGCUGAUCAACCGCCUCUUCGAGACCUACACGCCCGACGUGAAGCCCCCGCGCUACAAGGGGGAGAGGAUCCUGACG